AUGGCUUUCGAACUUCGAAAUGAAAUGUCUGCUGUUGAGAUGUACGUUUUUUUUCGAAAAUAAAACACAAUUAUCAAUAUCCGUUUAGCUUUGACGAGUCUCGAACUUCAACUGAGAUAAAACAAGAGAUCGCGGCGUCGAAAAUGCCGAUAUGCGAGGUGAUGAUCGAGACAUACUACGACUUUGUUCACAUCAGUGUGGCGAGAAGGGGAAAAGAGUAUUCGGGAUGGAUUCUGUACGAUUCGGACCGUCUGCGUAAGGAGAUUACGGAGCCAAUGAGCAUCGGAGAGGAACGAUUUGAGCACUCGUGAGUUCAUAUUUUCCGCCGGUCGUUUUUAUUGUAAUCUCUCCAGGAAGCGCGAAGGCAACGAGCUGAUUCUCUACCACCAGAGCCGUUUCACCGGCGCUCUCUCCGUUCUGAGAUUCCUCUUCGAAGUGUUCACUGGCCCCCUUCAGAAUGUGACUCUCCUGACCGCAACCACUCCGAAUGGCAGCAUUGCCCGCUUCUAUGUGGAUUUGUUCCGUCUCAAUUCUGUCACUCAAUGCGAGAAAGUGCUGAUGUUCGAGAACGGAAGAUCCUCAAAGGCAAUGAUCGACGGGAUCCUGGAUCUGGCCACCGGGCUCAAGAGACUCGAUCUGAGAUGUCCACUUCCUGACGAUUGGAGUAAUCCAAAAGUGAACACGAACUAGUGUUAUCAAACGACAAUUCAACUUUUCAGAUUCUGAAACUAGACACACUUUUAUCGUGGCCGACCGGAUGGUUCACCACGAACGACUUGCUCUGCGUGCUCGACGUGGAAUGUGCUCAGCUGAACGAGACGAAGCUGGAUUGCAGAGCAUUCAAAGCGUUCAUGCUCAAAUGGCAAAUGACGGAGGACACGAGACUCAAAAUGUUGGAGAUCUCAUUCAACGGCAACUGGGAAGCAUUCGAGCACAGCGGAUUGGAGGUAAAGGAGUGGGAUCCGAACGAGAGGGACAGCCAUUAUCCGUGAGUUGAUUGCGCUUUCCUUGGUGCCAACUGCUUCUGUUCUUCGCAGAGAUUUGCUCGGAAAGGAAGAUUCCGACUGGCAAGACUGCGAGUUCGCCCUCGAUAUCCAGAGGAAAGACGGACUGCUCGCCUCGUUCUGGAGAAGAGAACACAGUUUUCAUUUUGUCGUCUGGCACGACAGACACCCGAUUGCCACGUUGCGCCCACAUUCAAGUAAACUGGUGAAGCUAGGGCCGGAGCAGUUUAUGAGUGACGAGGAACACGAAGACGAAGAUGAGGACGAGUGA